AUGGUGCCGAAUUUGGACUUGGAAACUGCGAUACAGAUAAUAUCCUCACUGGAGAGCCAGCUCAAUGAGAUUGAGACUGCCACCAGGGAGUACGAAAACGAUUUGGAGCAGGUCAUCUCAAACCUGAAAAAGGAGCUCUUGGAAAGCCACACGCAACAAAAGUCCAGUAAAAAGCAAAUAACCGGCUUGGAGAUACAGGUGGACGAGUUGGAAAAUGAAAAUAUUCAACUGAGAAACAGGAUAGAAACACUGCAGCUGGAGAGUGACCGACGACUAGAACGCAACGUUCUGCUGGAACACGAGUUGCUCGACACCAAGGACGCUUUGCAAAGACUGAAAGUGAACAAGGAAGAAAGCACCGCCGGCGAGACCAAAAGAAACACCGGCCCAUUGCCCACCCAAAAUAAAAAAAUGAAACUGUUCAAAGACACCAUUAAAGUCUCCACCACCUGCUCCACGCUGUAUUUACAAAACAUGACGAAAAGCAACGCCGUCAUGAACCACUGUAACAUCCCGAAUACCCAGAUAACGCAAUCCACUGUAAUAGCAACAACAUCGUCCGUUUAA